AUGACUCGUGAUUGGCAGAGUCAAGCUCAAAAAGGCAGAGAUAUUUUAGCCAAUUCUAUUCCAAAGCAAUGGCUUCUCCCAGUUGACAGACUGCCGCCGGUCUCGCAGAAGAGUGUGGUUGACUUCCCCCAGCAAAGCGGGCUGUUCAAUGAGCGUGAGCUCCAUAUAACUGAACUGUCGGCUACCGCACUGGUGACUGAAAUGGGCAAUGGAAAGCUGAGCGCGGAAGAAGUGGUCGUUGCAUUCUUGAAGAGAGCCGUGGUGGGCCAUCAACUGCUCAAUUUCGCAACGGAAUUCAUGGCCGAUGAGGCAAUCACUCGCGCCAAAGAGCAUGAUGAGUACUAUAGAAGCACAGGAAAACUAGUCGGACCUCUGCAUGGCAUACCAAUCAGCGUAAAAGAACACGUCUCCAUGAAGAACCGAACAUGCAACACGGGAUAUGUAGCUUGGGUUGAUGAAGUCGCCACAGAAGAUGCAUUUCUUCUCCAACUCCUGUCCAAAGCCGGUGCCAUUUUCCAUGUGCGGACAAAUGAACCCCAGUCAUUAAUGCACCUGUGCUGCAGCAACAACAUCACCGGGACAACAUUAAACCCCCUCAACCGCACUUUAAGCCCAGGCGGCUCCUCUGGCGGUGAAGGGGCAUCGAUGGGAUUCCGGUGCGCGCCACUAGGAAUUGGAAGUGACAUCGGCGGAUCAAUUCGCUGCCCCGCAGCGUUUUGCGGUGUGUAUGGUUUCCGUCCUUCCACGCUGCGGAACCCUGUAACAGGACUCAAAGCUGCUGCCUCGGGCCAGGAGACAAUCCGCGGUGUGAUAGGUCCAAUGGCCAGUUGCUCGAUGGAGGAUCUAGAGCUGUUCCAGAGAGCUGUGUUGGAGCAAGAGCCUUGGGGCAUUGAAACGUCACUGAUGCCUGUGCCAUGGAAGACGGUUGCUCCGACACGGGAUAUGACUGUGGCUAUUAUGUGGGACGAUGGCUGCGUACGCCCCCAUCCACCCAUCACUCGCGCUUUGAGACACGCCAAGCAGAAGCUGGUAGCGGCAGGGGUAAACGUCGUAGACUGGAAGCCGUAUAAGCACCGACAGGGCUGGGAAAUUAUUUCCGCUUUAUACUACCCGGACGCCGCCAGCAAGCAACGCGAGGUUCUUGCCAAAUCAGGAGAGCCCGCAUGUCCCCUUACAGAUUGGGCUUUUACCUAUAGCCGGAGCACGCCUCUUUCUCAUCCCGAAGCAUGGGCUCUGCACAUCCAACGUGAUAUCUAUAGGGACGAGUAUCACGCUCUCCUCAAUCGUCGCGGUGUUGACUUUAUUCUCUCCCCGACCUACCCCGCUGCCGCGGCGGUGAUGGGUGAGUCGCAGUAUUGGAAUUACACUGCGGUUUGGAACUUGGUAGACCUGCCUUCUGUGGUCUUCCCAUCUGGAAUCACUGUCGAUCCGAAGGUAGAUGUGUUGACGGGGGAAGAUAGGGAGUAUGUUCCCAGGGAUGAGGUUGACAAGAGGGAAUGGCGGAAGUACCAAGAUCCGGAGAGGUACGAGGGCGCGUUGGUGGGACUCCAACUUUCCGGGAAGCGGUUCAAGGACGAAGAGACCCUAGCUGCGGCUAAGAUUGUUGAAGAAAUCGUCAGAGAGGAGAAAUGCUCGAAGGAUUGA